AUGGCGCCCAGCUCGAGGAACGGAGACGGCGGCUCCUUUCGGAAGAAGGUUCUCCGCGGCCCGGCUCCCGGCGGCCGGCAGAGAUCGCAACAAAAGCAGCGGUGGAGAGCGAGUCACUUCAAGAAAGGUUGGGGCAAUGUCAGAGAAGGGCAAGGCUUUGCUUUCCACCAGAAGGAGAAGAUCAAGCAUGACUAUAAGAAAAUAUUGAGAAAAGAAAGGAAAGCACAGCGUACUGAAGAAGUACGGUUUACUGAGAAUUACCCAGAUCAUUUGCGGCACCUGUAUCUAGCUGAAGAAGAGCUUGUUAAAAAACAAUCAGAGAAAUCCAAAAAGAAAGAAGUUGAAACAAAUGAUCAACCAACUUUACAAGCAGAGGGGGGAAAAAAGAAAAAGAUUAAGUCAUCAUAUCAAAAGAUCAUAGAAGAAUUUGAAAGAAAGCAGGCGGAAAAAUUAAAACAGAAAGAGGCAGCUGAAAAACGUCAACGAGAAAAGGAAGAGGCGCAGAGAAAAUACAAGGAAGAUAAACUAGAGAGGUACAGAAUACUCAGCAAAAAAACAAGAAAAGGACAGCCAAACCUGAAUCUACAGAUGGAAUACCUGCUUAAAAAAAUACAGGAGAAUCAAGGCAUAAAAUAAAAUUACAUACUUUUGAUCUCAACAUUGGCAUUAUUUUGCUCUUCCCCUAUUUCUGAUACCCAAAAUUUUCCCUGUAAUUGGUAUUGUUCCAACUAAAGUUGGUCCAAUCUAAAGAGAUCACACAAGACUAAACUAUAACUCGAAAAAUAACAACAGUAGAAAAUGCUGGAGAAACUGAAAAGACAAAAAAACUGCAGAUGUUAGAAUCCAAAAUAGACAGGCAGAAGGUUGGAAGAAUACAGCAAGCCAGGCAGCUUCAGGAGGUGGAGAAUUCGACGUUUCGGGUAUAACCCUUCAGGACUGGGGGUAGGUGUGAAGGGAGCUGCAGAGAAAGGGGGUGAUGGGUCAGAAUGGGGAAGUGGGAAUAGGUGAAGACAGGUAGAGGGUAUGACCUGGUUGGUCA